GUGUGUGUGUGUGUCCCAGCUGACUACCACCACCAUCACCACCACGCCUCAUUCGUUCACUCAGACACUCGCUCACCACUCACCACUCACACAUUCACCAUGAGCUGCACAGGGGCCAUACCAAAGAGGGGCACCAGGCAAGGCACCAGUGACAAGGACAACACAGAGGUGAUUGGUGAGCCUCUGGACGAGUUAUACAUGAAUUACCCAAGCCAGGGCGGUGACUGUCGUGUUCCUGCACUGCACAAGAACUGGACACAGAAGGGUAUGUACCUCAAGUAUGUGCGGCCACCUCCCCCCGUGCUCCCUGAUGGUUCGCCCCCUCCCGCCGGCGCCUCCGAGUCGUGGAUCGAGCAGAUGGAAUUGAUGGAGGAGGAUUUGAGGGGCCUUCUGCGUCUCCCUCACCAUAAGUUUUGGUCACAGAUGAUUUACGACCCAAACAUCCACCUGUGCUUGGAGUCGUACUUGUCGCAGUGCCCCAGGUGGUAUGAGGAGAGCCAGGUGGACCAGCUGUGCAAGGGCAUGGUCUCCUCACUCCACAGACUCAUUCUUCUCAUCUACCUCCGCCUUGCCACACCUCGCGAGUCACAGACCUGCCACAUCACCCCGGCAGUUUUUGCUCAGAUGAUCUACGAGAAUUUUCUCCUGGAUGUGUGUCAGCUGCUGGAUCUUAGUGUGGUGUACGGCCCCUCCUGCGGCCCCCUACUGACGCGCAUGUUUGCCUGUGUGUUCCGCCACCAGCCUGAGUACUACCAGGACCUCACGCACACUGUCUCCUCCAUAGCCUUGGCUCUAGAAGGAGUGGAGGACAAGCUUCAGGUAUCGGAUUACAAGAUACCCAUACCCCUGGACGCAGUGAUGGACAACCUCUCACAGCCAGACCUGCAGACAGUGGUGCUCUUCCUUCUCGACACCUUCUCUUCACUCCACCUCUUCCUCAGCCUCCACCCGCCGGCCGCCAAGUGUUUCCAGGAGGACGUCAAUGAGCUGGGGGUUUCAUUGAGGUUCUGUGGUGAUAGCCACCUUCUACGAGCGUGUAGUGUCGGCCAUCACCAACCAGCUGCGGGAACUGAGCCAAGGGUGGAGCUGAACCCUCGCCUCGUCAGGGAGAUUAACUUGAUGAGGUCUUCCAUGCUGGCAACCUUCAGAGCUCUCCUUCACCAUAAGUGCCUCACCCCCCUGCAGGAUGAAAAGUCAGGAACGGCUGCAGUGGGGGAGUGUGUGGAGCGUUUCCUGCACAUCAUGACCACCUGUGUCGCGGAGAAGGUCUUCAUCACCGAUUACUGCUCCGCCUACCCCAUCGAUGCUGACAUCAAGAUAUUCAUGGACAAGGACGGGGACAUCACCAGCCUUACCUUUGUGCGUGAGGCGAUCACCACUGUGUUGAAGGAGAUGGACGCCUCCCCUCGGGUUGGUGGCCUUCCCCUGGAGCACCUGAGCCUUCCAGACACCACCAAGCCUUCUGAGGAUUCCAUAGACAUCAGUGGCAUGAAUGGGUAUGCUCAGGAAGGAACUGCAGCCUCCACACCUGAUCUGGACAUAGCUGCAGGUGUGUCGAGCGUCCAGGAACUCCUACCGGACCUUGGCGCUGGGUUCAUUAGGGAGUGUCUCAGGUACUACAACCACCGGCCAGAGGAAGUCAUCAAUGCCCUGCUGGAGGAUAACUUGCCCCCGUCCCUGGCCAACCUGGACCGCUCUGCCCCCCUGCGCCCCUCCACGCCCCCUCCGCCGGCUGAGGAGGAGAGCCAGGAGGUGCCAUCGCUGGGAAUCCUGGAGCAGAGGGCCAAUGUGUAUGACAACGAUGAAUUUGACCUGUUCACAAGGAAGGAUGUUGACCGCACCAAGAUCCACAAGGGGAAGAAAGCCACCAACACCAGGAAAAUCUUGUACGAGAAGGAUGAGGCGACAAUUGACAAGCUGAAGGAGAUCGGCCGCCAGUACGAGGAGAGAGGAGGAACCAGCAUUUACGAGGACGAGUUCCGCUACGAAGCUGAAGACGACCACCAUGCCUGGGACUAUGAGGACGAGUAUGACGACACGUACGACGACAACGAGACUGGUGACAUUGAUGAGCUGGGGCCAGAGAAGGUGGUGAAGAGACGGCCGGGCAUCAUAGGAGCUGGCCGCCUCAACACACACAUUGACUACGGCCACAACUCAGAGGAGGAGAAGAGUGAUGGGGAGGCAGGGGAAGACCCAGCAAAACAACAGCAAAAUAACAGCAGUGAUGGCGUUCAGAUGAGAUGGUCAAAACACCCGUCAGGCACCAAACCCAAGCAGGCACUAAAGACCAGCACUCGAGGGGUCCAGAGAGUGUCCACCAAGUCUAGUAGUAAACCCAGCAAGGCACACACACCCACGCCAGAGAGAGAGACGGGUGCUGGUGAGGAGAAUGGUGAGCACGCCAGCACACCACCACCACGCCCUGCCUUCCAAACCUUCUGUGAGAACCCGGAGGUGAUGAGGCAGCGGGCUGAGCAGAGACGCAGAGACAGGGACUACAACAGAGGGCACAGAGGACGAGGCGGCGGCGGUGGUGGUGGUGGUGGUGGUGGUGGUGGGGACCAGGGAUGGAGGGAGGCGCGGCUGACCAACGGGGUGGAGAACGGGGUUGAGGGCGGCCCUGGCAGACCCCGAGUGGGCAGCACCAAGCAUAGUGGCAAGGGGUGGCGACAUGGCGAUGGUGGUGAUGAGGACCGAGGAGGCUACCGGGGAGGAAAAUACAAGGAGGACACAAACCACGGCCGAGCUCAGAGCCAGCAGCAUCGACACAAGAUGAUACACAAGAACGAACACAAACGUCAAGGUGCUCAGGCAAAGUUCAGCCGUAACAACUAAACACUGGAGCCUUGAACACCGAAAGGCAGCCACCAUGUCCCUCGCCAACCCUAGCCACCAUCACCACUAUUUAAGACACAGCACAGACACACAAACAAGCAGAAGUGUAAGUCGUAGAGGGCUUAAAGGGAGGACUGGCCGUGUUUUUGGUCUUAUUUGGAAGGUAAGAUGGUGUGUGUAGGUUGAAUGAGGGUCUGUAGAUUGGCAAGUAGAGUUGUGUCAUUUGUAUCUGGAUUUACACAUAUUAGGGGAAAAAAUGAGGGGAAAAAAUGUACUAGUUUGAAAUCGUGUGUAUAUUUCAAGUGUUUGGUAAUGAGUCGAGUUUGGAAGUGUUUUGAAAAAGGAGAGAGAGAGAGAGAGAGAAGAGAAAUAUCAAGUUGUUUGCUAUCAGAGAAGUUAAAAGAAGAUAAAAAGAGGGACAGUAUGAAUAUAAGAACGGCAAGAAUGAGAACUUGUUACAGGAGGUAUAUUCAUGUGGUGAGACAGAGAACAGGUUACAGGAGGUAUAUUCAUGUGGUGAGACAGAGAACAGGUUGCAGGAGGUAUAUUCAUGUGGUGAGGCAGAGAACAGGUUGCAGGAGGUAUAUUUAUGUGGUGAGACAGAGAACAGGUUGCAGGAGGUAUAUUCAUGUGGUGAGGCAGAGAACAGGUUGCAGUAGGUAUAUUCAUGUGGUGAGGCAGAGAACAGGUUGCAGGAGGUAUAUUCAUGUGGUGAGGCAGAGAACAGGUUACAGGAGGUAUAUUCAUGUGUCCUAUAGUUCGGUGUUGGUGAGGGCAAGAACAGUAUGGGUAUAACACCAUCCUGUACUUAUGUGUUCUUCCUUAGCUAGGUGUUGGUGAGGGAGAGAACAGUAUGGGUAUAACAACAUCCUGUACUUAUGUGUUCUUCCUUAGCUAGGUGUUAGUGAGGGCAAGAACAGUAUGGGUAUAAGAACAUGGCUUAUAUAUGUGUUCUUCCUUAGCUAGGUGUGGGUGAGGGAGGGAACAGGCUGCAAGGUGUUGGAAUUAAAUCAUACAAGGCUCUGGUGUCAACAUUUGCUCACUAUCUGUGUUCUAUCAGGAGACAAUGGAGGGCUGGCUUCUCUCUUAAUAAAAAAAAAAGCCUUGAAGAAGUGCCCACAAGUCUCCCUGCAGUUCCUUAUUCACUUCACUCAUGCUUGCACAGUUUGCUGAUCCAUCUCAUUCACCAGACAUGACAUGGGAAUACAUAAAAAAAAAAAAAAAAGAUACAGGUUCUCUAAAAAGAGAGAAAAAAAAUAAAAAAGGUCGACUUCCUGUUAAUCCACAUGACCUUACCAAAAAGUUGAGUUAAUUAGUGACAUGCUUGGUACUGAAACCCUCCAAAUUUCUCUUUGCUUUGAUUUUGACUUGUACAUGUAAAGGAUUUUUGUGGGAAUGUGGCCAAUGUGUCCUCUCGUGUACCAGUGAGGACGGUGAUUCAUAUAAAGGACUGUAUUCUGAGACACUUCUUGGCCACAUGCACCUUCAGUACUUUCAAAGCCUCCAGUUGAAGCUACAAGGGUUUCUAAAGGUGUUUUAAUGGUUGUAGUGACAUCAAUAAGUUUUCUGCAUUAUUAACUGGAUGAACAUUCUUUAGAACAUGGCUGAUUUAUUGCUGUGGCCUUUGAGAACUGGUGGUGGGUGGAAGUGUUUCAGAAUGCCAGUCAGAGAGGCAAAGGUGACGGUGGUGCAGUGCCGACCUUCACAGCAAGAUUCCUGUUCAUGUCUGUGAUCAGCCAUGUGAUAUAAACUCGUCUCUUUAUAUAUAUAUACAACAUAUAUAUUUAAAACUGUACUUGUGUGUACUGUACUGUAUUGUACCUACCACUCCAUUACACACACACACACACACACACACACACAGGAGAGGUUAUGAGUUGGCAGUAUCAAAAGUCAAGUUCAUGGUCCUCUACACACACACACACACACACACAGAGAGCUAGGCGUUAAGUCAACCACACUAGGGCAUGGUAGUUGUACUGAGUUACGGGAAAUAAACAAAGUUAUUUUUGUUAAAGCAUUAGUGAACUGUUAACAAACUCUU